AUGUCAGAGUAUGGAGAAUUACAAGUUCCAAACUCGACGUUUUCACAUAUCUAUGAGCUGUUUUUCGUUGGUUCAUUCCUGAACUCGACGUCCACUGUCACCCUUUAUCUGCUUUAUAUGUACCUUGGCAUAUGCGCUGCCAUCAUUAUCUUCUGUGUUGGUAUGGUGACUUUGUGGAGAGAAGCGGAUAAAUGGAAAAAAUACACGGAUCACAUUUGUGCAGGCUAUCACUAUGCCAGUGUAGGCAGCUAG